AUGCACCUGCCAUGGAGGAAGGUGAAGACAGCGAGGAUUUCACAGUUCGUGAACGAUCAUCUCAGCAAAUCCCAGAAGCGGCGAGACGUGUCGUCGCUCGUCGUCGAGACCGGGUUCCCGACCUCCCUCGUCGAUCUCUUCAUAAAAAAUCGCGAGAAAUUGAAAAAACCGUCCAAGAGGAAGAACCGGCCGCGCGAUCCCCCGAUCGCCGGAUCAGACGCCUCUUACCGUUCUGCGUCGCCGGAGAUUCCGCCGGCGAUUGGGUUUCCUCCCCCACGAGUUCCCCCAAAUUCGCCCCAGCCCCUGCCUCGGCCUCGUGAGGUUCCAGUCGAGAAUCUCAUGACGAGAUCGAACAACAAUGUUUUCGAUGGUGGGGAAUGUGUUGCCGAGUACAGUCUUGAUGUGAAUAAAGUUUUAUUGUUGGUUGUGAAAAUGUUCUUUAUCGUGGUUUUAGCUUUGGGGACAAAGAGAUUGACUAUUGGGUUCACAAUAUCGGCAUUCCUCUUGUGUUUCAUUGAAUAUGCGUGUAAGCACUCAAGCGUAGUGUUGAAACCCUGUUCACAGGCAAAAGGGGCUUUGAAAAGCACAUUAUUUGGGGUUUUGAGGCUGUUGAGAUUAAUAGAGGUUAUUAAGAUGGAGCAAGAUAAUUCGAUAAAGCCACCAGUUUUAUCGAGGCAUGAAAAUCGAGAAGGGAUUCAAGUUGUGGAGUCGAAUGGGUAUCUGGUUAAGCAUGUAUUGGAUGAAAUUCAGCCUGAGGAUGAUGAUGAGAUAAUUGAAGAAGAAGGGUCUUCUCACGAGGCGAGUUUUGGGCAUCAAGAAAUUGAAUUCGACUCGAUUGAGAAAGAUGAUUCGAAGAGAAAGUUAAGGAAGUUUAAGUUAAAAAUGAAGAUGGAGAGAUUCGUCCCGAAAAAAUUAAAAGGCGGCGGAAGAAAAGAACACGGGCAACAAAGUGUUGUUGGGAUUGUUAGAGAAGAUACUAACUUUAUCUCAUCGACUUUUGUAUCUAGCCGAGAAUACAAAGAGGUUGAUGACAACACAAUUGUUGAUCGUGUUUCAUGCGAACUAAUAUCAAAGAGGGGAGAAAAAGGAGAAGAAAUCAAAGGUGGAGGACUUAAUUGUAAACCUUGUGUUCUAUGUGUAAUUGUUCUUGCCGGCCUAAUUGGGAAUCGAGUGUUAGCAGUUUUACUCGUGCUAUCAUGGUUUUUGGUGUUGAAAUUGGGUGAAAAUUUGCAGAGGUGCAUGAAGAAGGUGUGCUUGUAG